UCUUUAACGGCUCCAGAGCAGCAUUUUAAUGAUGAUCAGCUGAUCCGCGCCUGGUUUCCAUUGGUAACGGACAAGCGCACAGAUUUCACCGUAAACAGUCAGUUUCUCUUGCCGGGGAUCAGACAUGACUUCAAAACAGAAGAAGGGGCUCAGAAGCUCCAUCGAUGACGUGUUAGGAGAUCUGCUGGGUGGUGAUGAUGAGGAUGAAGGUCCGGUGAAGGUGAAGGUGCGAUCCCCUGCUGCUGUGUCCAGCAGACCUGCAGCCGUCCUCCCGUCCCGCAGCGGGAAGAGGUCGCUGCUGGACGAUGAUUUCUUCAGUAAACUGGCAGAAGACGCUGAGAGAGACGAUGAGGGCUCUGACGUGUCCGAGGCCGAUCCUGCCGCUCUGCUCGACAGCAUGAAGAACAUGGAUGACAUGGAUGCAGAUCUGUUCGACUCGCAGAAGAAGCCGAGCUCAGCUCCUGUUCAGAGGAAGGACUCCAAAAGAACAGGGUCUUCUAAAGCAGGAGACAAGAGCAAAACCACAGACGAGAUGGUUCCUGAGGUGAAAAAGCCCAGUUCUGCUCCGGCCUCCACAACGAGAACUUACAAGAAGUUCAGCUUUCUGGAUGAUGAAGGUGGAGGUCUCGAUCCUCCUCCUGAUGAAGAUAAAGUGGACGAUUCGUUAGAUGAUUUAUUGGAUGACCUGGAACACAAGCAGAAGACGACAACGGAGAAAAAGAAAAGUGAGCCGCCGUCCUCUUCCUCUCCAGCCGCUCCUCAGAAAACAGAGACGGCAGCAUCUCCAGCAGCCGCUGUGAAGAAGAGGGAAGAUCUGAUGUUUGAUGAUGGUGAAGAUGAUCUGAUGGAUGCUCUGGGUUUUGGAGAAACACACAAAACACAAGGAAACGGAAAGACACAGAAAAAAGACAGUGAUGCUCCUCUGAGAGCUCGCACACGACUGGAUGAGAUCUUGGGCCGAGGGACGUCUCCUCGUCUGCUAGAGAGACCCGUCACGGGAGAGAAGAGAGACACGACACAGACGGAGAAACUGCCGGAGAAGAGCUCAGCUGGAAAAGCCUCUCUGAUGGAUGAGGAGGACUUCACGUUCGGCUCCUAUCAGCCCACCAUGGGUUCGACUCCAGAGGGCCGUCAGUCCCGCAGACAGUCUGUCAGAUUCUCAACUGAAGACGUGAGCGUUCACUCACCCGAACACAAACCCAAACCCUCCACACGCGCCACCCGGCCCAGAUCAGACUGGCUCGGCCUGAAGCAGGACGAAGAGGAGCAAAAGAUGAAGGAGGAACCCAAACAUUCAGAACCAGAGACCCUGAAGCCUCCGGCAUCACCGUCCACAGCGGCCCGAAAAGAGACGCCCGCUUUAAAGACAGCAGAUCCACCUGCUGCACCCUCGUCUCCUAAAACCAUCUCAAAACCAGUGAAGAGAGACGAGGACGAGGAAGACGACUGGCUCACCGGUGCUCUGAGCCGCAAGAAAACGCAGUCAGUGAGCCAAUCAGAGGAGAGAGAGAGGAAACAGGACGUUUCAUCAGGUCUGGGGGAGGAAGUGGACGGGUUUCUCAGCUCUAAAUCAAACGUGUCUUCAGCCCCACGAAGACGACAGGACGAGUCUCCCGUCCCAAACACAGAUCCCAGAGAGUCUGCUGGCGUCUCCAUCCAACACAACACGAGCUCAGAAACUCAACACAAAGCUGUGUUUCCACAGAAGUCACCUGCAGAUGACGCUGUACCUGCGACACAAACACACGCUUCUCUGUCUGCAGGUGGUCUACAGCAGCUACUCAUACAGCAGCAGCUGGCUCAGUCUCAGCUGUGGGGUCUCAGCGGCUCUCUGGACUCACAGAGACUCAGAGACACAGACCAUCAGCAUGACGUGAAAUCACUGCAGAAACGCAUCAUUCAGCUGGAGGGACAGGUGAGGAGUUUACAGCUGGAGAGAGACCAGAAUCAGAUGCUGCUAGAGAGCAUUCAACAGAGACACAAACAAGACACUGAGCUCAUGGAGAACAUGCACAGAGCUCGUGUGAAGUUGCUGGAGGAAUCGGCCACUCAGCGAGAGCUGCGCUCACGGCAGGAGAACGAGGACCUGGCAGAGAGACUGGCUGCGGUCACACGUCUGGUGGAGCAGGAGAGAGCAGAGAUGCAGGCGCAGCACCAGCGCAGACUCGCGCAGUGCCAGCAGGACAGAGACAGAGAGGUGGAGAGACUCAGAGACCUGCAGAGGAAGUCCAUCCUGGAGAUGAAGAGAGAUCAUGAAGAACAGAUCCUGCGUCUGAAGAAACUGAAGGAUGAGGAGAUCGACGCGGUGACCAGCGCCACGUCUCAGACCAGGUCUCUGACGGUGGUCAUCGAGCAGAUGGAGCAGUUCUCCCGCAGGCUGGGCGAUCUCUCGUCUCGAGUGGAGAGUUCGCAUGAAAACACGGCGCAGGGACUGGAGAUCGGAGCCAGACAGAGAGACGAACAGCUCAGAGUUCUGCAGGAGCGUUUGAGCCAGCAGCAGCGUGAGAUGGCCGAAGAGAGGUCACGGCUCAAGGAGGUCAUCGCCAAGAUGGACACACAGCUGGCCGAGCAGCAGAGACAGCUGGAGAAGCCAGAAACCCCUCUGAAUCCACAUGACAUAUUUAGUCUGAAUAUGGAUAAAGCAUUAAAAUGAACAUGUGAGACGUUUAACAUGAUGUUAUGAUGGUUUGGGGCUCAUCUGUCUGUCUGUAUGUGUGUGUGUGUGUCUCAGAGCGCUCUGCUGGAGGAGCAGCAGUCCGUCAUGCAGCACUGUGCCGAAGAGCGCAGGAAACUGGCGGCCGACUGGAGCCGCUUUCACGCGCAGGAGAAACUGCGUCAAGAGCGCGCCGAGAGAGAAGCCAGCCGAGUCAUGGAGAGAGACGCGCACAGAGAGGGGUCCAUCAUCAGCAUGGCACAGGAGCAGGUGGAUCUGAAGCUGCGCGCCGGAGAGCUGAAACAGAAGGAGGAAGCGCUGCUGAGAGAGAGAGACAGUCUGGAGAAACUGAGACAGGAGCUGGAGAGUGAGAAAGAGCGACUGAGCGCCGCAGCACUGAGACUCAAGACACGAGCGCAGGAGGUGGAGAGCUUCAGUAAGCUGGCGUCCGAGCGCUUUGAGGAGGGAGAGCGAGCGCUGAGAGAGUCCAGACAGGUGGAGGCCGAACAUCAGACACGACUCCGCACCAUCCACACACAGAUGGAGAGACUACGACAACAGGAGCACAGCCUACAGCAGGAGCGUCUGAGGAUGACCGAUCAUAACAGAGACAUAGAGCGACUGAGACACACUCUUCCCGUCCAUCCGGUGACGUCAGCGCCCCUCAUCGCAGAUUUCUCUCCAGCGUUGGCCAGCACACACCUGACCGCCGCUGUGAACCCGCUGCCCGCUGAGCUACACGCCCGCCUCGCCCUCAUCAAACACACCGCUGAGAAGGACAAAGACUUCCUGCAGGAGGAGCAGUACUUCCUGGACACGCUGAAGAAAACCUCAUACAAUUCCGUCUUCAACACAUGACCACACAGAGAUGGGAA